GCGCUCCCUGACGAACUGGAAAUAUAUUUAGAUACGAUGGGGAGUGAGGAGUUCAGCCACUUUCGUCCUUCUAUCGUCGUGAAAACAGAGCCCCUCGAAAGCACCGCGUUUGAAUACACCAGUCUGUCUGAAACCGAGUCUAGGGUCGUAUUUCGAAAUUAUUACGAGGUGCAUACAGACAGACACCUGAUGGAGAGGACAAGCUCUGUAGAAUCUUUGCAGAGUGGAAGCGAGAGUGAACAAGACAUGAGGGUGCGAAUGGACACCACUGAGCGCUCGAUCGAACUACGUCCGCGAGAGGAGGUGAGCCGGAGUGAAUAUUUUUCCUUCCCGGCCUAUCGAGCAGAUUGGAAGACGGGCUCGCCUGGCCCAGAAGAGGAGAAUUCGGAACAAGGCGAAAAUAACUGCGAUCGCAUCGAGGAGGAAAGUACCACUUCGGAAGAAGCUCGCAGAUCACCGCACAAUAAUGAUUCGUUAAAAAUUUACUCAACAAGUCCUGCGCUUCGCGAUCACAACUCGAGCGCGGCUGUUAGCCAAGCACAACAUGACAUUGUUAUCCCUGGAAUACCCUCAAACACACACAAUGGGAUUAACAUAGUCUUUCACAAGCAAUGUAAGCUCAAUAUGGACGCACCUGGCAAAUUGUACAGCAGAGAAGCGUAUUCUCCCAACGAAAGCUAUAUUCCGCGCGCGGAGAGGUACGCGCCAGACCUUCCUCCCUCGCUCGUGUACCCCACGCUAACGGAGCAACACAGUUUGAACGCCGUUCGUAACUCACGAGAGAGUCAAGAUCCUCACUCAUCAAGUUACGAUGCAAAAUGCCCGUCAGCACGUUCACCAGUAUUAAUUUGCGAGUGGAUCCAGCUCGAGAAGAUGGUGAACCAAAUAUGUGGGAUAGGAUUUUAUCGCAUAGAGGACCUUGUAACGCAUAUCACCGACGUUCAUCUUGUCUCUGCCACGCCUGUUGGUUUCGUCUGUUGUUGGAAAGAAUGCAUGCGAAAUGGACUGCCAUUCAAGGCUAAGUACAAGCUAAUCAACCACAUUAGAGUUCACACGGGCGAGAAGCCUUUCAUGUGCAAUCAGCCGGGCUGUAGGAAGAGCUUCGCACGCGCAGAGAAUUUGAAAAUACACGUUCGUACGCAUACGGGCGAGAGGCCGUUCGCGUGCGAAUUCAAAGGCUGUGAUAAACGAUUUGCGAACUCAAGUGAUCGCCGCAAACACAUUCACGUUCACACAUUGGAAAAACCAUAUCGGUGUAAGUACAUUGGUUGCGACAAAAGUUACACACAUCCUAGCUCUUUAAGAAAACACAUGAAGGUUCAUGGCUUAAGAUCUGAAGAACACUUUAAGAUGGUUCAUGGAAUUGCGCUGGGUAGUCCACCAGGCCUGUUCCGACAACGAACCGAUGUAAACACAGGAAACUACUUUUAA